CAAGACUACUCCUCCCCGUCCUUGCACUCUGACGUCAUCAUUGAGCGGCGUCGCGUUUUCUUCACUCUAUUGUAUAUGAGAAAAUGGCGACCGGGACUGGGAAACACAAGCUGCUAAGCAUAGGCCCCACGGAGCCGUGGUCCAUCCGGGAGAAGCUAUGCCUCGCCUCCUCCGUCAUGCGCAGCGGCGACCAGAACUGGGUGUCUGUGAGUCGUGCCAUCAAACCUUUUGCAGAAGCUGGCCGACCUCCUGAUUGGUUCUCUCAAAAACAUUGUGCCUCACAGUAUUCUGAGCUUUUGGAAACCACAGAAACCCCAAAACGGAAACGAGGCGAACGCGGAGAAGUUGUUGAAACUGUUGAAGAUGUAAUUGUGCGGAAACUAACAGCCGAAAGAAUUGAGGAAUUGAAGAAACUUAUUAAAGAAACACAAGAGAAGUAUAGAAAACUGAAAAAGGAAUCAGAGCUGAUUCAAAGUGGCCACAUGGACAGCAAAUUGGAGGAACUGUGGAACGAUAUUGUGGCUAAGAAGAAACAGGAAGAGGAAGAAGCAGAGAUAAAAAAGAAGGCAACAGAUGCUGCUUAUCAAGCACGACAGGCAGCUAAGAAUAUUCCACGCAGAACCUCAAGCACAAUAGGUCGCUCCUCUGUUGGAUCUUCAUCUCCAAGUGGAGAGUUUGGUUUAGGAGACCUGACACCAAAUAGCACAGAGGAGGGAAACAUGGGGGUAAGUGUGGGGUCUUUACCAAACACCCCAAUCUCCUCCUUCACUGGCAUUCCUGACACCCCUCCUCCUGCCCCCCUGGAAUCCCCGUUGACCCCUGUGAUGGACGACUCUCCCCAGAAAAAGAUGGUGGGACAGAAAGCAACUCCACCCCCCUCCCCGCUGUUAUCGGAGCUCCUGAAGAAAGGCAGUCUGUUACCCACAAGUCCCCGGCUGGUCAGUGAAAGUGAAAUGGCUUUAGGAUCUAAUAGCAUUACUGGAUCUGGUGUUUUAAUGGAUGUUGGAGUACUUCCAGGUCUUCAUGGAGGUGAGCUGCACCCUAUUGCAGGCACAAUUCCAGCAUCUCCGGCUGCAUCAGGUGCUCCCACUCUGUCCCGGCUUCUAGAAGCUGGUCCUGCACACUUCGCUGCACCUCUCGCUUCCUUCUCUGCUGCUACAAGCGAAUCUCCAUCUAAAUCUUUGCUGACCCCAAUAGAGUCCCAGGCUACCAUUAUUAUGAUGUCAGCACUUCCAAUGACUGCAGCUGUCCCAGUGACCCAACAGGAGGAUAAUGAAAGUACUUCUGAUCCACAUACAGUUACUGUGUCCAUGGACAGUAGUGACAUUUCCAUGAUCAUAGAUUCAAUCAACAAGGAAUGCCUGGGAAAUGGAGAUAGCAGCACACAAUCAAAGGAUGAGUCUUCAGACAGCAAGGGAGACCUGGAUCUAGCAGAGAAAAUGGACAUUGCUGUAUCUUACACUGGAGAGGAGUUGGACUUUGAAACUGUUGGUGAUAUCAUUGCAAUAAUUGAAGACAAGGUUGAUGACCAUCCUGAAGUGCUGGAUGUAGCUGCAGUUGAGGCAGCUCUUUCAUUUUGUGAGGAGAAUGAUGACCCCCAAGCCCUUGGUGGGCCCUGGGAUCAGGCUGUUCAGGAACACACAGUGAAGCAAGAGACGCUUCCAAAGUCUCUUAUUCCAGGGCCCAAGGAUACGGAUACAAUAAUGAACAUCAUGGAGCUGACUGAUAUAAAGGCAGAACCUUCUGAACCAGAGGUGGAGCCCCCUGCUCAGUCAGAUGGGAAUUCAGUGACUUCUCACUCAAGCUUUCAGUUUGACGCCCUUGACGAAGAGUUAGAUGAAGCUAGUGUAAAAGAGUCAGUUAAAGAAGAGGACACAACUGAACACCAAGUGAAAACAGAGGAGUCACAGUGUGAAAAUUCUCAGACUGGGGCUUUUUCUAAUGAAGAAGAAAGAGGGAUACCAUCAGAAGAGAGUACAUCUUUAACUGACCCAAUAAAAUCAGAACCUCCAGCUGCCAGUCAGAGCAAGGGAAUCUGUGCAAAUAAUUUUAUUCAGGACUCUCAGGGAGAGGAAGAAGAGGAAGAGGAGGAUGUCACAAGUGAAGUUGGAAGUCCUGAAGAGACCAAAGAAGAAGAAGCGGGAGAGGAAUAUCUAUCAGAAAUGGAUAAUGAACCUCCAAUCAGUGAGAGCGAUGAUGGGUUUAGUAUCCAUAAUGCUCAGCUUCAGUCCCACACACUUGCUGAUUCUAUUCCCAGCAGCCCGGCAUCUUCCCAGUUUUCGGUCUGCAGUGAAGAUCAAGAGGCAAUACAAGCACAGAAAAUUUGGAAGAAAGCCAUUAUGUUGGUGUGGAGAGCAGCAGCCAAUCACAGGUAUGCCAAUGUCUUUCUUCAGCCUGUGACAGAUGAUAUUGCUCCUGGGUAUCAUAGUAUUGUGCAAAGGCCUAUGGACCUGUCAACUAUAAAGAAAAACAUUGAGACUGGUUUAAUUCGGAGUACUGCAGAGUUCCAGAGGGACAUCAUGCUCAUGUUCCAGAAUGCUGUAAUGUAUAACAGUUCUGAUCAUGAUGUUUACCACAUGGCUGUAGAGAUGCAACGUGAUGUGCUGGAACAAAUACAGCAAUUCCUAGCCACGCAAUUGAUUAUGCAGACAUCUGAAUCAGGAAUUAGUGCAAAAAGUCUGAGAGGCCGAGAUUCCACACGCAAACAAGAUGCCUCUGAAAAGGACAGUGUCCCCAUGGGCUCUCCUGCCUUCCUUCUCUCUCUCUUUAUGGGCUCCCACUUGCAACAGAACAUACAUAAAGAUCAGACCUUUUGUCAUGAUGAUAUUUGCCCUGUUAGCUCUAGUCAGGAUGAAAGUGACUUUAAAGAUGUUGAAAAGGAGAAAGUUAUACAAGGAGAUGUUUCAGAACUUGAAAUCCAAGUUGAAUCACUUUCUUUGGAAUUUGAGGGUAUAGUGAUCAGAUCAGAUGGGGACAAUUCAGAUGAUGAGAGUUCUCUCCAAGGCAUUUCACAGCAGGUUUCAGAACUCAUGUUGAGUCAGUCUACUACUAGUGUGGACGAUUUAUUGAGUUGCCCUGAAAAUUCCUGCAUGGAGAACUCGAGUGAAGGAGAUGGUAGAUUCUUGGGAAGCAAUCUAGAAAAUAAUGCAGAACUUGUGCUGACAGAAAACUUAGAUAAAAUUCAGUCUUUUGACACAGUGCAUGCUACAAAUGAUCUUAUUCUGGGCUGUCCACAGGUUGAAGAUCCCAGGAUAUGUCCGUCCACUGCUAACAUAGAUGAUGUACUGAUUUGCCCUGAAAAUUCCUGCAUGAAUGAUUGGAGUGAAGAAGAUGACAGAUUCUUAGGAAAUAAUCUAGAAAAUAAUGUAGAAUGCCAAAGUCAACCAAAUCUUCCGAAGACAGAACACAACUCCACAGACACCAUUCAGUCUUCAGACAUAGAACUUGUUUUUAAUGAAUCUGUUGAUUGCUGUACCCAGGAAUUAAAUGUGGAAGAAACAGUAAUGCAAAGCACUGACGGUAAACCUCUAUCUCAAAUGGACCCGCAUCCUAUGAACCAAAGUAAAAAUGACAUUUGUAUUUGUGAGAGCGCCAUAUGUAUCACAACAAAGUCCUCUUCCUUGCUUGAAUUAUUGCUUCUAAAUACUAAAGAUUCCCACCUGAAAAACAUCAGAAAGCAGCUGGCUCCCAUUUGGAAGAUGAUAGCAGAUCACAGAUAUGCCGCACUAUUUCGUAAACCACUAAAGGAAAAGGAGGCUCCAGGAUAUAAGGAGGUUGUGAAACGGCCAAUGGAUCUCUCCACAAUAAAAAAGGGUCUAUCUAAAGGAAGGAUAAAGACAAGUGCUGAGUUCCAGAGAGAUGUUCUCUUAAUGCUUCAAAAUGCUGUGAUGUACAACAGCAUUUGUCACAGUGUUCACCAGAAAACCCUGGAGAUGCAAAAAGAUGUAGUAGAAUGGCUACAGGUUUUCAAUGAGCAAGCGACACAAAGUGGAACAGAAUAGAAUAUGUUGCUCUUCUCACUAAUGCCAGUUCUUCAGUUCUUUGCACAACAUUUAAGUGGAACUACCAUUUCAGCCCCAAAAAAUGGCAAUGGCCCCACAGCUAUGCGUUUAAAGGAAAUCUGUCAUCAGUGUCACCUGCACUAACCUGUCAGUACAGACAGGUAGUGCAGGUGACACUGGUGACAACGGUACUUGCCUUGUCCCUUCCCAUGAUGUUGUUCUCCAGCGAUCCUUCGUUAUCUUCAGCCCGGGUCCUGCUGCUAGCAAACAGCAGCGGUGACAUCACUAAGCUCCGCCCAUGCUCCAAGUCAGGCCCGGAGCUCAAAACGGGACAAGGUAAAUACCAUUGUCAUUAGUGUCACCUGCACUACCUGUCUGUACUGACAGGUAAGUGCAGUGACACUGAUGACAGAUUUCCUUUAAAACCACACUCCAUGUAGAGGGAUGGGCGAGACUUUACAGAAUGCAGUGAUGCUCAGCCGUGGACACUCUCCUCUCCAAGACCCUUUAUGAACAUCGCUUGUGGUGGGCAAAAAAGGAAACAAAUGACAGUUUCACUUUUAAGAAAAAUGUUCUAUAAUUCUAUUUUUUAUGUCUAUAAGUUUAAUGUUUGCUAUUUUUCUUGUUCAAGAAAGAGCAUUAAAA